GUAAGAAAGAAAAAAAAAACAAUAUUGUUCCGUAGCAGUUUUUAUUGUUUCCAAGUAUUUCGCAGUAUUUGGAACUGUUUAUGUUAUGUUAACGUUUUCACUUAAGUACUACGGGAGAUUUUAUUAUGUUUGAAAAUCAUAAGAGGUAUUUAUAUUGCCAGCCAUUGGACACUUUGAACGUAAUUUUUUGUUAAAAUGAUUUUUUAUGAUGAUGAUGAUGAUAACAUGAAAUAAAAAAUUUCAAUAAAUCUAAUAUUGUUCAAUUAUCUGGUCCAAAACCCUAUGCCCCCCAAGUGGCCUCAAGAGUGCCUCAAAAGUAUAGCCCCAUAUCAAUCUCUCUUGGGCUAACCGCUUUAUUUCGGAAGAUAUUAGCUUGAUUGCCUUUGUCUCAACUGGCCCACUGCGCUUGCCCUGGGGGUCCACUCCAGGACUUGUCUCGGGAUAUGUAUGGGCUCUCUCCUGAGAGUAUGGCCUAUUCAUGUUACAUUAUUGGUUAGUAAGAUAAAAUUAAACGAACUCAUAAAUUCCAAUUAAUAAAAUUACUAAAUAAAAAUUACCGUUCUUAAUCAAUCAACGUUGUAUAAAACACGUCCCACAUAUGAAGGAUUCGCGUGAAAUCAAUAUAGCUCGCUAAUUAAUUAAUUUAAGUUCGUUUCACAUUCACACUUUACUGCUUGUCAAUGAAGUGGACGUAUUAAUUGUAAUGUCAAUUAUUAAAUGCUGUAUUUUCAGUGAUCAGGUCAAAGUUAUUCAUAAGAUAAAAGGCGAUGUAAACAAAAAAGUUUGCGAUAGUAGUUAGCACGAUAUUUGAAGUCGUCGUGGCCUAACGGAUAAGACGUUCGGUGCAUUCGUGUUGAGCGGUCUACCCGAUGAUAUGUAGGCGAAGUAAAAUGUCCCUUAGAAAUAAGGUGACACUCUACAAAACUUGCAUACGCCCCGUCAUGACCUAUGCAAGUGUAGUGUUCGCUCACGCGGCCCGCAUACACUUAAAAUCCUUUCAAAUUAUUCAAUCCCGUUUUUGCAGGAUAGCCGUCGGAGCCCCGUGGUUCGUCAGGAACGUCGACCUCCAUGACGACCUGGACUUAGAGUCCAUCAGUAUGGAGUUGUGAUAUUCGCUUAAGAUGAAUCCACGAGAUGGCAACCAAUGGAUUUGACCUCAGAAACUAAAAAACACAAAAUGGCUUUAGAGCCCUUAGAAAAGGCUGUUUCGACGAAGAGGACGGGCUUAGAGGAUCUGAAAUCUCUGCUAGAGGACAGAGGGGGAGAUGAGACGGACUCUAGUGAGGGACGUGUACAUAGACUUCUUAGUGCGAAAACGAAUAUAAAGUGCUUUAAUAGGUUAAAAACAAUGUUGUUUCUACUUGUGAUGGUUGUUUUCGACGGGAGGAUGCUCGCUGAAGCCAGGAGUUCAGAGCCACGAUAUGAGACAGCGUACGCCUGUGAAGGGAAGACCCUUAAGAUAGGCUGCGGCGAGGGAUCCGUGAUUCAUCUAAUAAGGGCGAACUACGGUCGUUUCUCGAUAACGAUAUGCAAUGACCACGGGAACACCGACUGGAGCGUAAAUUGCAUGUCCACGAGGAGUUUGAGGGUUUUGCAUAGCAAAUGCAGCAUGCACCAGAAUUGCAGUAUAUCGGCCAACACGAAUAUAUUUGGUGAUCCGUGUCCUAAUACGUUGAAGUAUUUAGAAGCGCAUUAUCAAUGUGUGCCGGCUUCAACAACAAGCACGACCAACAGACCGUCUCCUCCCUGGCUAAUCACGUCUCCUCAAACGGUGUGGAGGUCCACCAUCGCUCCGCUACCGAAGAACCCAGUCCAAACGCAGAAUGAGAGGAAGAAACCAACUGUGAUCACACCGCCCACAUUCAGGCCUCACAUUACUUUACCUCCAGAAGUAAAGUUGGGCGACAUUGGGACCAAGAAGACAACUCUAAGACAACCAGAUACAUCGUCGGAGAAGGAGCCUUCAGUGAGCCCCAAGGACGUCAUUCCUGAAGAGAAAGAUGAAACACCCAAAGAAGUUGAACUAGACCAAAACCAAAGAAACGACAAUCCUGCGAUAGAAGAAGAUCCAGAACCAGUAACUGAAGAACCACCUAAAGAAGAUGAUUCCGAUUUGACUGUAUCAGUCAAUUCACCACCAAAAGACAAACAUGAUAUUCUGCAAGAUUUAUUCCCAACGAAAGAAAUAAAAGCAAUCGCCCGCCACGCUUACUGUCCUCAAGUGACAGCUAGAGGCUUACUGUGGAAUUGGACAUUGGCGGAGACUUAUGGGGUGCAGCCGUGUCCUGGUGGAGCUACCGGACUGGCUCGAUGGAAAUGCACACUAACACCACAUUACUACGUUGGAGACGAAAAACCAAGAAGACGAACGGGUCUACCCUCAGGAGAGAAUUUCCAUGAUUUAGGUCUAGACCAACCCGUGGACAAGCACUUGCAAUUGGUCCGACGGCUGGGCUCGGAAGUGCUCCUUAAAGGCCGCAAUGGUGACACGCCAGAACUAAUGGUCGAUUAUAGAGGGAGCAGCCUUCCUGAUGCUCAGGCAUCUAGUGACAACUCUCUCAUCAAUGUUGAACAGAUUUACACAGAUUUAGUACCAGAAUGGCAUGGAGCAUCACCAGACCUUAGCGAGUGCAGAUCCGUAUGGCUGAACAAUUUGGAAGCGAGGGUCAGAGAAGGAGAAUCGCUACUUAGUAUCAGCAAUGAUUUGGCACAGGUAACAUCUUCGAAGACCCUCUACGGCGGAGACAUGAUGACAACUACGAGUAUCAUGAAGAAGCUAGCCCAGCGGAUGUCGCAGAACAUACAAAGCUUCCGGGACCCGAGCCAAAGAGAAGCUCUCGUUACCGAUAUGCUGCUUGGAGUUAUUAAAACUGGAUCGAAUCUUCUAGAAGAGAGUCAGCGAGCGUCCUGGGGCGACUUGAGCGUGGAAGGACAGAACCGCGUCGCCAGUGCACUGCUCACGCACUUAGAAGAAAACGCCUUCUUACUAGCAGAUGCCGUUUCAAAAGAGAAAACAAUUUUACAAAUCGUCAAAAACAUAUGCCUCUCCGUGAGAGUUUUGGAAGUGAAAAACGUAGAAGAUGAAACAUUCCCAUCUGUGAUAGCCCAAGAACAGUGGAAGGCUUCAGAAGACAUCAUUACGAUACCAAAAGCUGCUUUAUUAGACAACCGACAAAACGAUCUGGUCAGGAUUGUAUUCUUCGCGUUCGAUCGCCUCGAAGAAAUUCUGCCCCCGACCUUCGGCAAGACCGCCCCUCACUACGCGCCCCACCGCUCCGAGGUCGGGGGGGCGCCCGCGUCCUCCACCAGCAUUAACUCUGAGAAGGAAAAGAAAAAUAUCACAAGGCUACUGAAUUCCAAGGUGAUAUCCGCGAGUUUAGGGAACGGCCGCCAUAUCCAGCUCUCGCAAAUGGUCAAAGUCACCAUGAAGCAUCUGCAAACGGAGAACGUAACCAAUCCCGCCUGCGUGUUCUGGGAUUAUACUUUGCAUGGCUGGUCCCCUGAAGGUUGUGAGGUGGAGUGGACGAACUCGACUCACACCGGCUGCGCGUGCUCCCACCUCACGAACUUCGCCGUCCUGAUGGACGUUCACGGCGUGGCCCUCAGCGCUGCCCACGAGCUCGCCCUGCAGACCCUGACGUACGUCGGCUGCGGGAUAUCCACUGUCGCUCUGUCUGCUGCCAUGAUCGUGUUCACCUGCUUCGGGAACACUAAGUCGGAUCGCAGCUUAAUCCAUAAGAACCUAUGCGCCUGUCUGCUUGUCGCCGAAGUAGUGUUUCUGGCCGGUAUCGAUAAAACACAGAAUAGAAUAUUCUGCGGGAUCAUCGCUGGGCUGUUGCACUAUUUCUUCUUGGCGGCCUUCGCUUGGAUGUUUCUAGAAGGGUUCCACCUGUACGCGAUGCUGGUGGAGGUGUUCGAGCCGGAGCACCCUCGCGCGCGCUGGUACUGCGCAUGCGCGUACCUGGCGCCGGCGCUGGUGGUGCUCGCGUCGGCGGCCGCGUACCCCGGCGGCUACGGCACCGCCCAGCACUGCUGGCUCUCCACCGACCGCAUGUUCAUCAUGAGCUUCGUCGGACCCGUCACCUUGGUUUUGUUGGCCAACUUGAUAUGUCUGAGCAUGGUAAUCUACAUGAUGUGCACUCACUCCACUGUGUCGCUGAAGGCCAAAGACGAUUCCAAGCUAUACAAGAUCAAGGUCUGGUUGAAGAGCUCCCUCGUUUUAGUGUUCUUGUUGGGCUUGACUUGGGCUUUCGGUCUUCUCUACCUAAACCAGCAGACAGUGGUCAUGGCUUAUGCGUUUACCAUCCUGAACUCCCUCCAAGGGUUGGUCAUCUUCAUAUUCCAUUGUCUCCAGAAUGACAAGUUCCGCAACGAAUGCGCUCGUCUGAGUCGUCGCCACCGCUGGCUCUCGUGCUGCUUGUACUGGACGGGGCAGCCCUCGGAGACCCUUCAGCACAACAAUGGACCCUCGGGGUCCAGCUCGAACCACGUCGACACGCGCCAGGGCUCCGUCAAGAGCAGGAGGUACCACCAGGCAGCGCCGCCUGACGACGAAUUGGACCCCAGAGAUGUGACGAGCUACAACAUACAUCCGGAAACGAGAUGGAACGUACGCCCGACCGCGCCGAUAUACGUGCCAAACGACGACGCAAGAUCGAUCCGUGUGCCCACUCCGCAAAACAUCCCCCACAGUGCGUCGCACUCACAUAGCAUCGCGUCUAUGCAUAGCUACAGGGCGAUGGAAAUACCGAACGAUUAUCAAAAUCUGAGGUCGCGUUCGCCAUCUUGCUUUUCGAACAAAAUGGCGGCCUCGAUUGGCGCGAACGAAUGGGCGGGCAGCAAUGCCGGUGCCAGUGUAUGGAAGAACACUUCUUCUAAACACCACGUUGGGAACACUUCAACGCUACCGCAUCACGACACUCUCUCCAGGCAACUGGCGCCCCCAAAUCAUCUCCACAGCCCUUACGAGUGCGAACCGGUGGCUCCUGGCUCACCGCGCCACAUGAAAGACGAAGAAAGCCCCCUCCAUCAUCAAGGAUACCAGACCACGCGGAGCUACAACCACGACUUCCGGAACCCCCACGUCUACAUGUCCCAGCACUCGCCGGGAAGUCAAGAGAUGAUUUUUCGGAAGCAUUACAAGGACGACCGCAGGAAACACCACCAUCACCACGGAAGCCAGAACAUGAACCACACGUAUUCGGAGAUAGCGUCCCAACAGGGCCGGAUGUACAGGCGCGGAUCCGAACAGGAGUUCCGCGUGAUCCAGGACGAUCCGGUUUACGAGGAGAUAGAGAGAAACGAAACGAUGAUGUCAGACGUGUCCGACGACAACUCCGGACCGGACUGCAGACAGAAUGUAGGUCACCACGGCUCAUCUAGCUCCAAGUUUUUUGGGGACCACCGACCGCUGAUAUCGUACAGCCCAGGCGAGAGGCACCACCACGACCCGGAGCAUUACGGGAAGUACGGUAAAUGGGACACGUUAGAGCGCUACGAUCCGAGGCAUUACGAAAGCGGUCGGCUGAUGCACCAAUACCACCAGCCUCAAGAGAACAUGAGGGCGCUUGCGGCCGUCCUCAACGGGGAGAACAACGUCGUCUGCCAUUUGGAGCCUCACAAUUCUUACGACGUGUACCAGCCUCAGAGCGGCAACCCCAGGACUGUAUCCCAGCCCAGUUUCUGAACAGUGCAUAUGUGAUUGUGAGACUUCUCAGUGAAAGCAUUAGGUACUUUUUAAAGACUUCGUUCUGGCUUAGACGAGUGGAAGAAGCGGCCGUCGCUGACGUCACUCGUCUGAGUCCAAAGCACGAAUCGGACUGUACAGAAUAUAGUGAAAUGAAUUUUUCUAUGGAGUUAGAUUUAGUGUCAUAUAGCAACACGAUAAGUGAUAGAGUUUACGUAGAGAACUUGCCAUAAACAUGGACUUCAAAUAUAUUUAUAGUAACGUAAAUUAAAAAAAAAAAUCACUUUUCCACUGUGAUCCUAUUUAAAUGUAUGUAAAGCUCAAGUUUCAGUGUUGCGACCAUUUUGUUUUUUGUUUUUUUUUUUUAUAUAUAUAUGUAAUAAAUGGAUUUAGCAAUGUGUACAGUUAGUGUAGAGUAAGUAUGUUUAGUACUUCCAGCGUGUCCUUACUACUGUUACUUACUACCUUUAUUAUCAUGGCAUUUUAAUGGCAUUUUUGAUGUAGAUAAGAGAACUGUGAUCCUUUUUAUAAUUUUACUGUCUUAAAGCUUUUUUAAAAAUAAAUAAUAGCUAAAAUUCCAAUAAUAGUUAAGAUUUAUCUUGUAAAGAAACUAAAAUGCUGUGCAAGACGGAAUGAUACCUCAAAAUCAUGAUUGUUGUUUGUGACCUAUUUGGCAAACUUCGCUUGAUAACCAUAACCGAGAUAAAUAUUGUGACGUUGGGGGCUCGGGAGGGGCGUUGGGAACCGACGCACACGACAUAUGCAACAUAAGAUACAUCUCACGGUUAUACAAAGCUUAACAUAAAUAAAUCUGACUCGAAUAUUACGUACAUGCAUGAAUUGACUCUUAAAAGAUCAGGAUCUAUUCAGUGUUCCAUGCUGACUAGUUUUGAAUUCAUUCUUCUGUAUAACUCAGACAUAGCUUUCCUAUAAAUCCAUAUAUUUCUGUCUAGUGUCCCUUGUCGCUAUCCAGGACUAUAUGCAAGAAACCAUGUCAAUAGCCUUACGGGAGAAGGAUUCAAUUUAGUUUGUAUUAUCAUAGGAAAAUUCUAAAAUAUCCUGAUGUCGCUUCAUAAAAGUCUACAGUAUCGACAGCCCGCUCAUUACGUAUGUACUUUUAAUAAAUUAAAAAGGUCUGUAAUAUAUUUGUCACAAAAACAACAUUUUUCGGGUAAUUAAUUAAUUUAACAAAAUGAAUAAGUUAAUAUAUUAUUUUUCGCGAACAAUCAUCACUGCCACGAAAAUGUAACGGUUAGUAGCAGUUUUUUUUUUAUAUAUUUAAUUCCUCUUUUGACAGCUCUUUAUUUAUUUUCCCUUUGAAUGGUAUUUAACAUAAGUCCAUCCAAACUUAUAUAGACUGACACCGUUUGAUGUUGUGCACUUUCCUGUAUAUUAGAAGUUAGUGUUUACUUAAAACUAUUACGUCUUAAUCAAAGUAAAGUAUCGAAAGGAAAAAAAAAUGUUAUGUAAAAUGUAUACAUAGUUAAUAGUAUUGUUGGCAGAAAAGUUAUUUCACUAAACAUUGUGUUACAACUUCGCGAAAUCGAAGGUAGCUUUCCUAAAUCGUGACGUGACAUAAAAACUCUGGGGCUUAAAUAAGAAAUGAGAUAGAAAAAAAAUGUUUUCCAAACGAGGCAGUGUGAUACAUUUAGAAACGGGUUAAAAAAAAACUCCCACGAGCUCGGAUACGUGUAGUUUUAAAGGCUAAAAAAAAAACACCUUAAAUGAAGGGAACAUAAUUUUUCAUGUGAGAUUGAAGUCUCUAUCAUAGUUAUGUAUCAUUGUAUGCCUUCAACAGAUGAUCUUCACGACAAAAAUAGGUAGAGUGAUUAUGGUUUCUGUCCGGGGUCACAGAGUACUCUACAUUCAUCAAAAUUAUUUUCAUCACAAAGUUAACCACCUCAGUAUAUCUAUACUAAUAUAUUAAUCUACAGUGGUUUUUACGGAUGUUCCGUUAUAACUACUGAACCGUGCAUCCGAUUGACUUGAAACUUGUUAUCCAUGUAGAAAAUACAUGUACUUAAUGGAUAGGUUAAUAUUUAUAUGAGUGUUGGACUCCCUACACCAGUUGCAGGGGCGUUAAUGAUGAGAAUCUUUGUGGGGGUGAGAAAUAAUAAUGUAAAUUUUAAAUUCCCAGCGAAGCGGACGGGUACAGCUAGUACUAUUUAAAUUAUUAGUCUGGAUAAAUUACUCUCACAUUGUUACUUUUACUAACUAAAACUCUGUGAUUCCAUUCAAAUUCAUGUACGCCCCAAAUUAUUUAUUUUAUUAAUAGGCAGCUCUGUUGAAAUCACUUUUCUGCUAACUCUACCGAACUGAUGCCAUGAAAAUAAAACGAAUGAAUGAAACCGUUGAAAAAAAUAAGGAAUUGUUUACAGCCACUUAAUUUAACUCUUACGUGUAUCAAUUGAAUCUAUAAAGCAAUAUUAUAGACUGAAGUAUUAAAUAGAACUUUUGACCGCUCUUAUUGAAUAUUUAGCAUUAAUUUAUAUACCUUUAUAUAUGGUCAAAACUUUUAUGGAAUACUUGCGGGUAGAUGAAUGUUAAUCAAAACGUGGGAUUGUUUAUUUUUUCUAAUUGGGUAUACUAGUCCAGCAAAUUUUUUCCUCCUAAAAUAUGAGAUUUACGUCAAAAAAUCUACAAAUAAACGUCUUUGCUUCACGCCCUACUACUAAGAGUAUCUGUCUCAAUUCGUUCUAAGUAUGCGUUUAUCGAGUAUGCCAAAUUCGUCUAGCAGAACGCAUCAGUGAUUCUCAAACUUUAUGUGUAUUGUGUCCAUUUUACUCGACUUUGAGCUCCCUUUUUUGAGCUUUAGUAACCCGGUUCAGUAAAGUUAUAUUCAAAGGUCUCUUCUAUGCCGGUCAUUAGACCGUCGUAUCUUUAAUUAAACAAUAUAUGUACUGUCCAUUACACAUUAGAGACAUUAUUAAGUAAACAUAAAACUCUUAUUGAUACUUAUGUGUUAUUUGCUCUCUAUAUAUGAUUGUUUUUCUUUUCAUGGAAAAUCAAAUAUAUGCUCACGACGUGCUUGAAUAAGAUACUUUAUAGCGGAUUCCAUCUAUUGGGCCCCUUUUUUAAUAUACACUUUCGGAACCACUGCUCAUUAGUUUACACACACACAAACGAGGUAUCUGCUGUAAAUGAAUUUUCAAUUACAUAUAAAAUAUGUUAGAACGAUUACUUUGUCCAAUUGUUGUUGUUGUUGUUGUUCUUUUUUUGACGUAAAUCGUAUUCCAAUAAUGAUAAUUAUAGUGUGUAAUAAUUGUAAAUUGUGUCAUGUGUAAUUCUGUUACAUAAUUAUAAUAUGAUAUUAUUUUUGUUUUGUACGUAUUUUAAAAUGACGUUGACGAAGCGUAUUAAAUGUAAAGUAGGCGAAAUGAAACCUGUAAAUAAAUUUAAAGUUUAUAUAUAAAUAAACGGUCGCUGUUCUAAGAGGAUGGCGCUCACGAA